CACAAUAUAAUAUUAUUCCAUCUCUCUCUCUCUCUUUAGAAAAUUACUCACCACACCAACAAAUUCAACUUUCUUCUUCUCCAAUUGUCUCAUUCAUCCAUUCAACUAAUUUCUCCUCCUCCUCACUCUUUUUUAUUUUCCAGCUCUCUUAAGCCAAUAAUUAUUACAAACAAAUCAAUGUCGUCUUCUUCAAUCUUGAGCUCCCAGUCCAUGGCUAUGGCUUUCGCCGCUCUCUCUGCAGGGACCGUCAUCGUUGUCCUUUCUCUCUACCUUCAUAAAUCCCACCCCUCAAUUUCUUCUGUGGUGAAGAAGAAAGAGAUGGAGAAGAAGAAAAAAGGAAGAAAAAGAGUUCAUUUUUCUGACGAUUUAGCCAUUUUUAGUAGUACUGAAGAAUUGAAGAGAAAGAAAGACAUGAUAUUGGGUUCAUCGCCGUCUCCGGGAAGAGCUGCGGCACGGCGGUUGACGAGGAACGGUGGAGGAGGCGGCGGAAUGCCGGCGAAUAGAGCGGCGCUGUACAAUGGAAUCUUAAGGGAUCGUUUGGUUCACAGGAUAGCAUAUUCUCUUUAAUUAUAGACUCAACAACUUUUAUUUUAUUUAUUUAUUUUAAUUUUCUCUUUUUCUUUUUCUUUUUUUUCUCUCUUGGUCAAAAAAGAAAUGUAUAUUAAUGUGUAAAUUUAAAUUCAAAUUUCUCCACUUGUGUAGUUAUGGUACAUUAUCUCUUUGGGAUUGGAAAUUUGAAUUUGUUGAUUUUUCUUUAGAAAAAUAUAUAUAUAUAUAAAAAAAACCCCUUUCUUAAA